GUGUUUAUUUCCGGGUGGUAUAUCGCAAUCGGAGACCAGUAUGGCAGGAUUAAAAUAAGCGCUAGAUGACCCCUGCAGCUCACCUCGUAUAGGGUUGUUUUUGCUUUUUCUUAUGUUUGCUCUGAAUUGAUUGUUAAGCACGGAUAUAGGAAAUGCAUUUAAGUCCGUCGAUCGGGAUAUAAAAAGACGUACAAUAUCGCACCCGGAAUACUCAUCCAUUUCAUCCGCAAUUCGUGUGUUCACACAUCACGCCAUAUACACCACAUCACCACCAUGUCUCAACGUGCCAUCCAAAUUCAGAGCCCUAAAGUGGCCAAGUUGGUCACCGACGCUCCUAUACCCAAGAUCCGUGACGACUAUGUUAAAGUUAAGACUGUUGCUGUCGCCCUUAACCCCACGGACUGGAAACAUAUCGACUUUUUGGCCACCGAGGGCGCCAUUGUCGGAUGUGACUACAGUGGUGUUGUUGAGGAGGUUGGUUCUGCAGUGACAAACCUGAAUGUUGGUGAUAAGGUUGCUGGUUUUGUUCACGGCAGUAAGUUUCUCUUUGGAUAUUGGGGUAGCCGACUAACAAAUCUAGGUAACGGCGAUAACAUUGAAGAUGGCGCAUUUGCCGAACAUAUAGUGGCCAAAGCUGCCAUUCAAAUGAAAAUUCCCGAGAAUAUUUCCUUCGAAGAGGCUUCCACUCUCGGUGUCGGCAUUACCACAGUCGGUCAGGGCUUAUACCAGUCCCUUGAGCUGCCAUGGCCCUCCACGACUUCCACCACAACAGACGAUUCCCCCGCUAUCUUGAUCUAUGGCGGCAGCACCGCAACCGGUACCCUCGCCAUUCAAUUCGCUAAACUCUCCGGCUUCAAAGUCCUAGCGACUGCUUCCCCACAUAACUUCGACCUCCUGCGCUCCCUCGGCGCUGAUGAGGUCUUCGACUACCACUCUCCCACUGUUGGCGCUAAAAUCCGCGCCGCUACUAACGACCGCCUCACCCACGUCUUCGACUGUAUUGCUUCCGAGUCCUCCGUUGCUAUCUCCGCGGAGGCUAUCAGCAGCGCGGGCGGUACUUACAGUAGUUUGUUGCUUGUUAAGGAGUUCCCUCGCGCGGACGUUCAUAACAAGCGCACCCUCGCGUACACUGGUAUUGGCGAGACCUACCACAAGGGUGGUUCGGAAUUUGCGGCGGACCAGUCACAAUUGGACUUCCAGGUCAAGUUCUGGGAGCUGUCGAGGGAGUUGUUGGCUCAGGGCAAGGUUAAGGUGCACCCGUCUGAGGUGCGGGAGGGUGGCUUGGAGAAAAUUCUGGAGGGCAUGGAGGAUCUGAAGCAAAACAGGGUUAGCGGUGUUAAGCUUGUGUAUCGGGUCUAGGGCUGUGUUGGAUUGUUUAUGUUGCUUGAAUAAAGAUUUAACCAAGAGAAUACCAUGCAAUAUAUAUAUGCACUCUGUAUUUCUAGAGCAUAGUGAACCAUUUCAACUACAAGCAAGCGGGAUUCAGAGGAUAUCAUUUUUACGUUCAUGUUGCCAUAUGCCACAUCGAUUUUAUAAAAUCAAGCCACGAACAGGGUUUCGGCCAAUUCCUCAGCAUAUUCCAAAACGCUAGAAUGUAGCUAAUUAUGCAGUCUUUAAAUGUGGAGAUGCGAAGUUGAAUGAAGACCAUUCAACUGGUGGUCCAGAUUAAUUUUUUCCUAUUCCC